AUGGCAAACAAAUGCGAAGACUUACCAGAAGAAUGCUGGGGAAUAAUACUCCAAAAACUCGAUCAUCACUCGCACUUUCAAUCUCUCUCGUUAGUAUCGAAAUCAUUUCUCGCCCUCACUAAUCGCUUCCGGCUCAAUUUCACACUCACUAACCAAACUAUUGCCCUCCACGGAACUAUCUCCAAGUUUCUUAACCGAUUCAGCCACCUCAAAACCCUAGAUUUUAGCCAAUUCACAGGAAAUCUUGAUACGAUUCUCGAUACUGUGUUUAGUUGUGGUCUGAAAAUCGAAUAUCUAGAUGUUUCGAAUCAGGAGAAACUUCCGGUUUUGACAAAGAAUAUGAGGACUUUGAAGGUUUUCAAGUGCUCGUAUUUAUGUUGGUUGUGUGAUGCUGAUUUAGUGGCGAUAUCUGUUAUGUUACCCUUUUUGGAAGAGCUGGAUAUUAGUUAUCCGACAGAUAAUGAAUUUGAUUCGGAUUUGAAAUUGAAUGAGGUUGCGGUCACGGAUGCUGGAAUUGAAGCGUUGUGGUCUAGCAUAAGGAAAUUGCGGAAAGUUAAUAUUUCGGGGAAUGAUCAUAUCACGGAUUGUUCUGUGGUUGGUUUGUCGAUGAAUUGUUUGCUGUUGAGUGAGAUUGUCAUGCUUGAUUGUUCCUUAAUAUCACACAAAGGCUUUUAUUCUAUUUUGUGCAAUUGUCAUCACUUGAAUGUUAUUUCGGCAAACAGGAUGCAGGUUUCUCCACGUAUUUCAUCAACAACUUUGUGUUCACUUGAUUUAUCUGACACUGGUAGUAUUUCUGAUGAGUUUCUCGUAUCAAUAGCAAAAGCUCGUUGGCCUUUAAAAAGUCUAUCUCUUUGUCAUUGUAUGGGUUUCACAUUCUUUGGUAUUUCACAGCUUUUGUGUGCUUACCGAUCUCUCAAGAACUUGGCUCUUGUAGACGUAUUUUUCCUUACUGAUCAAUUUGUUAGCAAAUUAGCUCAGUAUCUUGUAAAUAUAGUUUCUAUAAACCUUAGUGACUCUGCACGUUUGACCACCGCAACAUUUGUCACACUUGUCACCAAGUGCCCUUUACUGGAACACAUUAAGAUGAGGAAAACCUCUGUUGGGGAAGUAGGCAACUUCUUGAGAGACCAAGGGAUAGUGAGAAACAAAAGAAUCAAGUCUCUUGACUUGUCAAAGAACUUUGGUUUAGGUGAUAAACUACUUUUAUAUAUAGCUUUAGCUUGCCCUAACAUGGAGCUGCUCAACAUUUCCUCUACAUAUCGCACCACAGAGGUAGGAAUCGCUGAUGUACUGAAUAUCUGUCGUGGACUUGAGAGUUUGCAAAUUACUCACUGCAGAGCAAUUAGUAGUCUGGGAAGAGGCUUGAAGCUUCCCAAAUUGGAGGUUUUAGACGUUGCUACUUCAGGGUUUGGUGAUGAAGGGUUGAAAACAAUUUCGCAGAGAUGUCCGGGGCUUCUAAGGUUGGACAUGCAGGGUUGUGUUGCAGCAACAACACUGCAGGUAGAGGAACUUAUUAAAAUGUGUGAAAGAUUGAGGGAGAUAAAUUUAAAAGGGUGUCAUUCGGUAGAAAUUUUGUCCGUUGCCACCUGGAUCGUAUCUUUAAGGAGAUCGUAUCUGAAAGUGAUUCCCCCAUCUAAGUCGUCUUUCAGUAACUGUCGCAAACAUCUAUGGAGUCAUGGCUGUCUGCUUGAAUAG